CCAGGAGUUAUCACCGCCAGUUAUCAUGGAUACGGACACACCCUGCUUGAUAAAGCCCUGCAAGGAAAGCUACAAAGGAUCUGAUGCACUGAAGAGUCUAGUCCUGCAAUUCCUCCAGCAGUACUAUAUGAUCUACGAUUCUGGAGACCGUCAGGGUCUCCUCGAUGCCUACCAUGAUGAGGCCUGCUUCUCCCUGGCCAUUUCCUUCAACUCGGAGGACCCAGCCCCAAGCGGCUUGUGCGAGUACUUCAUGGAAAGCAGGAAUAUGAAGAAGCCCAAGGACACCUGUGCGUGUGUGAUGAGGAAGAUUGGGCAGAGAAAGGGGGUGUGCAGGG